GGGCGGCGGGGCUGGCGGAGGAACGAGCUGCAGCGGUGCCUCCGCAAGAAGCGGAUGGUGGGAGACCGGAUGUUUGUCGAUGACCUGCACAAGCUCAACAAGAGGAUCCGGUACUUGUACCGGCGCUUCAAUCGCACCGGCCAGCACCGCUAG